AUGCCUGCGAGUAAAAACCUACAAGGAGGCAAAGCCUUCGGGCAGUUAAAGGAGCAACAAAGGCAGAAACUAGAGGAAGUAAACCAGGAAUUCCUGGAGGACCAGAAGUACAGGGAUGAAGAAGACCUCGCAGAGAAGCUGGAGGGUUUCAAAAAUAAAUAUGCUGAAUUUGACCUGAAUGACCAAGGCGAGAUUGAUCUGAUGGGUCUCAAGCGGAUGAUGGAGAAGCUGGGCGUUCCCAAGACCCACUUGGAGCUGAAGAAAAUGAUCAUGGAGGUGACUGGCGGCAGCAGCAGCAAUACCAUCGACUACAGGGACUUUGUCAAGAUGAUGCUGGGCAAACGCUCGGCCGUGCUCAAACUAGUCCUGCUCUUCGAAGACAAAGCCAACGUGUCGGCGGCCUGCAAGUUGGACGGACCGCCUCCGAAGCGGGACAUUGCCAGCCUGCCUUAA